GAUUUUGUUCCAUACCCAACCGUAAAUAUCUUAGCGUUCGCUGUCAAUUCGAAUAUUUCCGCUCUUUUUGUCUUACAGAAAUAUCGGAAACCGAAAACGUAUUCUGUGUACUAGUUCAUUCUAGUUUAUUUUAAUUAUGGACCGCGUACUGGAAUUUGUCGACAGUCAUAUUUCGGACAGGUUGUCAGACUUGUAUUACACUUAUGGAGGCCGUUUAAGCUGGUUAACUUCAGUAGCCGGCCCCGGUCUGCAGAAGCAGAUUGCUUCUAUCUUUACCAACAGUAACAAUGUAAUUCGUCAGGGCAUAGAGCUGUUUUUGAUCACUUGGAUUAUGGGCACUAUCAUGUACUUAGGAACAGCGUCCUUUUCAUACUUCACGUACUUUGAACGCGAAGAAGCACAUCGACAUCCCAAGUUUUUGAAAAAUCAGGAAUGGCUCGAGAUUAAAACGGCACUCCUCAACUUGCCCGGAAUGGCUCUGCUAACGUUCCCCUGGUUUUUGGCCGAAAUCCAUGGUUAUUCACAGUGUUACGACAGGCUGGAUGAAUACGGAUACACGUAUUUGAUUUGUUCAGUAGUUAUGUUCCUGCUGUUCUCGGAUUUUGCCAUUUACUGGAUCCAUAGAGCGCUUCAUCACCGUCUUCUGUAUGCUCCCUUGCAUAAGUUACAUCAUAAAUGGGUGAUUCCUACUCCUUUCUCAUCUCAUGCAUUCAACUUUCUGGAUGGAUACGCACAGUCUUUGCCGUAUCAUAUUUUCCCGUUCUUGUUUCCCUUAAACAAGUACCUUUACCUUUUCCUGUUUGGUUUUGUCAAUUUGUGGACUGUACUCAUUCAUGAUGGAGAGUAUCUGUCAAAUAACGCCAUUGUUAACGGCUCUGCUCACCAUGCAGUGCACCACAUGUAUUUUAAUUACAAUUACGGUCAGUUCUUCACACUGUUUGACCGCUUAGGAAGCUCUCAUCGCCAACCGGAGGCUGAAAUGUUUGAUGCGAAGUUGCGCACGAACAGCACCGUGAUUCGCAAACAGAUCUCCAUUUCUGACAGUAUACAGAAGGAGGUUGAAGGGAAAGAUGACCGUGUGUAUGCUCAUAACGGAGGCGAGCUAUGAUUGUGGACAGGCGACAUGAACAAUUUGGUCCGUGUCAGUUGCAAUCAAGCUUUUGAAAUGUAUGUCUAAGAAGAAACACCAAGGGGUUUUGUUAAGGGGAGCGAUAACCCCACUCAUGAUGGAGUUAGAGAGUCUAAUCACAGACUCUCUUGUGUAUUCUCCUUUCCGAUUUGACUCUUUCGUGUCAGUCACUAUUUUCUUGUAGAAUUAUUAAUGAAAAGUAAUCUGACGAAGUUACACCGAACAUUGUAGCGGUCAAAAU